CAUUAUCAUAUGACGCCUCACCCGUUCGAUUAUCUAAAUAUUUACCUACUUUACCUUCCGAUCAUUCAAUAUGUAUAGCGAUAGGUGCCAUGGCUCAUGGAGCUGAUAAUUUUGCUGAUGAUUGGAUUGAUCAGAAAAUUGGAAUUUCUCAAUAUCCUUUAUCUGCCGCGGUGGCUUUGUGA